CAAAGAGAGAGGAGGAAUCAGCAAUGGGGUUGCCUGGUGGUGGCAAUGGCUGCAGCAAACUUAAGGAAGACACUGCAGGUGAAGAUAGUUCGGUAGCUGGUGGCUGUUCGACACCAAAAGGUCAAAAGUUUAGGAUACCAGAAAUGUUGUCCUGUCCACCGGCAGCAAUGAAGCCCAAGUUUUGUUCCAAGAGGAAGAAGAGUUCUCAAAUUGCUUUCUAUGCUCCUACUGAUAUAGAGCUUUUCUUCUACACGGCAUUUUGUAAUCAUUUCAGUUAAUUUGCUGUUUCUCAGAGUCAGAAGUGACCCCUCCUACAUUGUGAUUCAAUUCAUGUCUGGAACACUGGUGCAUCUUUUUCUUAUAUUCUAGAAGAGAAAUGAUUGGUACACUCACCGGUUCAACGUAUAGUUCAACAUCUUCUGGUUUAGUCAUUAAAAAUAUAAUAUAAAUACAAUUAAUUCAA